CAUCGCGUUUUGGCGCCAGGGGCGGAGCCGGCGGGAGCGCGAGCGCGGCGGGCCCGGCCUGCGCCCCUCCACCCUCUGCUCCGCGGGUUCGCGCCCCGGCCCCGAGCAGCCUCUGGUCCCGUCCCGCCGCCCCUCGCCCCCGCGCAGCCGGCCCCGAGCGCAGGGAGCCCCGGGCAGGGCGCGCUCCGCGCUCCCCAGCGCAGGCAGCAUGGCGGCCCCCCCGGCGGGGCUGGAGGACGCGGAGCUGCGGGAGGCGCAGCGCGACUACCUCGACUUCCUGGACGACGAGGAGGAUCAGGGGAUUUACCAGAGCAAAGUCCGGGAUGUGAUCAGUGACAAUCAGUAUCGUCUGAUUGUCAGCAUCAAUGACCUGCGGAGGAAGAAUGAGAAGAGAGCCAACCGGCUCCUGAGCAAUGCCUUCGAGGAGCUGGUCGCCUUUCAGCGUGCCUUGAAGGACUUUGUUGCAUCCAUCGAUGCCACGUACGCUAAGCAGUAUGAGGAGUUCUACAUCGGGCUCGAGGGCAGCUUUGGUUCCAAACACGUGACGCCCCGGACGCUGACAUCCUGUUUUCUGGGCUGUGUGGUCUGCGUGGAGGGCAUUGUGACAAAAUGCUCUCUGGUACGUCCGAAGAUCGUCCGCAGCGUCCAUUACUGCCCUGCUACCAAGAAGACCAUUGAACGCCGAUACACGGACAUGACGACUCUCGAAGCUUUUCCAUCCAGCUCUGUCUACCCCACUAAGGAUGAAGAGAACAAUCCCCUGGAGACGGAAUUUGGCCUCUCUGUCUACAAGGACCAUCAAACCAUCACCAUCCAGGAGAUGCCUGAGAAGGCCCCAGCUGGUCAGCUUCCUCGCUCUGUGGACGUUAUUCUGGAUGAUGACCUGGUGGACAGGGUGAAGCCUGGGGACCGAAUCCAGGUUGUUGGAACUUACCGCUGUCUGCCAGGGAAGAAGGGGGGCUACACAUCAGGGACAUUCAGAACCAUUUUGAUUGCCUGCCAUGUGAAGCAGAUGAGCAAAGAGGUUCGGCCUCUCUACUCUGCCUCUGAUGUGGCCAAGAUCAAGAGAUUUAGCAAAAGUCGCUCAAAGGAUGUCUUUGACCAACUCUCGAGGUCUCUGGCCCCCAGUAUCCACGGGCAUGAGUAUAUCAAGAAAGCGAUUCUCUGCAUGCUGCUUGGAGGGGUGGAAAAGGUCCUGGAGAAUGGGAGCCGCAUCCGAGGAGACAUCAACAUCCUGCUGAUAGGAGACCCUUCAGUCGCCAAGUCUCAGCUGCUGCGUUACGUGCUCUCCACAGCCCCCCGGGCCAUCCCCACCACCGGUAGGGGCUCCUCCGGGGUUGGUUUGACUGCUGCCGUCACCACGGACCAAGAAACCGGUGAACGCCGCUUGGAAGCUGGAGCCAUGGUCCUGGCUGACCGGGGCGUGGUCUGCAUUGAUGAGUUCGACAAGAUGUCAGACAUCGACCGCACGGCCAUCCAUGAGGUGAUGGAGCAGGGCCGCGUGACCAUUGCCAAGGCAGGCAUCCAUGCCAGGCUCAACGCCCGCUGCAGUGUGCUGGCUGCAGCCAAUCCUGUCUACGGCAGGUACGAUCAGUACAAAACUCCCAUGGAAAACAUUGGCCUUCAAGACUCCUUGCUGUCCCGAUUCGAUCUGCUCUUCAUCGUCUUGGAUCAGAUGGACCCUGAGCACGACAGGGAGAUCUCGGACCACGUCCUGCGAAUGCACCGGUAUCGAGGACCUGGCGAGCAGGAUGGGGAUGCCAUGCCCCUGGGCAGCGCAAUAGAGAUCCUGGCUACGGAUGAUCCUAAUGUGGUGCAGGAGGAGGACCAGGAGCUACAAGUGUAUGAAAAACACGACAACCUUCUGCAUGGCCCCAAGAGGCACAAAGAGAAGAUAGUUAGCAUGGAGUUCAUGAGAAAAUACAUCCAUGUGGCCAAGAUCAUCAAGCCGGUGUUGACCCAAGAGUCAGCGAAUUACAUAGCGGAGGAGUACUCCCGCCUCCGCAGCCAGGACCAGAUAAGCUCCGACAUUGCCAGGACCUCCCCUGUCACGGCCCGUACGCUGGAGACGCUGAUCAGGCUUUCCACGGCCCACGCAAAGGCCAGGAUGAACAAAACGAUCGACCUGCAGGACGCGGAAGCUGCCGUAGAGCUGGUGCAGUUCGCCUACUUCAAAAAGGUGCUGGAAAAGGAAAAGAAACGCAAGAAGCAGGCGGAGGAUGAUACAGAGACUGAAGAGGAAGAGGAACCAGAUGGUGGGGAGAGAAAGAAAAAGAGGAGGAAGAAGGCGCACCCUGGGGAUCAGGAAGCGAAAGAGGGGGAGUCCUAUGACCCCUAUGACUUCAGUGACACAGAAGAGGAAAUGCCAGAAGUCCAGGCACAUACCCCAAAGACCCCUGAACCUGCGGAGACUGGAGGGAGCAAAAAGACCGAGUUGGCUGACUCAAGGCUGAAAGCUUUCAAGGCUGGUCUUCUGGAGGUGUUCAGAGCUGCCCAUGCGCAGUCGGUGGGUCUGAAGAGCCUGAUGGAGUCCAUCAACCUGGAUAACCCUGACCCCUUCUCGGCAGCUGAAGUCAAGGUGGCAUUGGAGCGCAUGCAAGACGAUAACCAGAUCAUGAUGUCUGAUGACAUUAUCUUCUUAAUCUGAGCUUCGGGGUGGGAGAUGCCAGGUUCUCAUGAAUUGGAGUUGGAAACGCUUCUCCUAUGAGUCCUCAGGCCCAUCCUGAAUGCAUUACUUGGCAGAACCGAACUUUCUGCCACUUAUAGCCCAAGCUGGAAUUGGCAAACUCUGCAGCUGUAGCUCUGUACUGUCUCAUGGAGUUUGAGAAGAAAUAAAGAAGCUGGUUCUUGAAGGCCUGGGGAUCCAAAGUCUGUUUUGAUUAGUUUGAUUCCAAAACCAUUGGAGUGUUUUUGUUUUUAUGAGUAGCAAAAAGCCCUUAAGUACAAAUUACUUGUCUUCUAAAUGUGCUUUAGGUGAGUCUCAGCUGUAUGCAAUCUCUAACGAGCUUCAUUCAGGACACAAUAGUUGAGGCUGAUUUGAGAUUUUUAUCUCCAUGUGGAGAGCUCAGGAUACAAGUUUUUGCUGUACACUUUCACGUAGCAUAGAUUUCUCAUUCUGAGGUGGUCCUUUUAAACCCCUCCUCCAUUUUUUAAAUGUCUGCCUAAAGUGUAAUUUUUACUUUUUUUACAAUGGCAAUGCACAAAUUCACCAUUUGGUGGCGACAGUUUUAUAAAUUCUCAUACUUUCAGGUUUUUAAAUGGGAUAUUAAUAUGCACUUAGUCAGGAAAAUGACUGUCAAAAUGACAUUGGGUUCCAUAAUCUCUAGUGAUUCGAGACCUGAAUCUGAUUCAUUUACAAGUCAAGAUAAUUUGUCCUUUUCCCUGAAUACAUAUGCUGCAAACUCAACCUGAGCUGUGAUAUUUGGACCAUUUUGAACAAUGAUUCUACAAUUGGAUUUUAAUUGAUGCUCCCAGGAGUAGGCAGGUUUGACUUGGCAGAUGUGAUUAAAGGCUCUUCCUGCUGUGCAAUGUUAGACUUGAUGGUAGGUAAGAGAAGCCAAGGAUGAGUGAAUCUCACAGCCCUAUCUGGAAUUUCAAAACCAGAUUGGUGACACAGUUUGGAACUGUUGAGCUGGUAACCUGUUUCAAUACCAGAGUUCUACAUAUCAAGGAAUUUAAGGCUGCAGAGUUUCUAAGGGAUACAUGUGGUUCCAGAUCUCUGUCCAGAGUUCUCAUCCAUGUUAAGUCUUCCUGUAGAAUGAGUAGAACAAGACACAUGAUACAUUGAAAGAACAAUGUCUAAUUGUUUUAGAUGCUUUUGAGCCUAGGUCCCAUUAAUUUUCAAAGGGAUUUAAGCACCAAGUCCCACUUAAAGUUAACAGGACUCAAGCACAUAUGAAAACUUUACCCAGCAACUCCAUAAGUACUGUCAGCUGAAUUAGUGCUCAUUUCUAUCAGUGUUCUCCAGGGGCAAGCAGAGAAGGAUGCAAAGUGUUACUAACUCCCUUUUGCCCAGUGAUUUGUAAGACUGAAGGUUUGGACUUCUGCAUUAUAUGGUGUAAUAGGUUUAUACACAGAGAGAUGAUAUUGAUAGAAAGCUCUAAAACCAUAUGCCCAGAGUUGUGUCAGAUGACUUGUGUAUAAUGGAACCUGUCCUGAGUAAUUUUCUCAUGGUGCCAAUGCCUGCCUAGCAGCGUUGGUGCAAGGUCUAUCAGAAUUGUAAUAGUAACUCUCCGUAAAGGGCUCUCAGCAGGAGUGGAUGUUGAAAGUGGUCCUUACUGUUUCACACUCUGUACAGCUAAUACUGCUUUUUCCUUUGUGUAAUUGGCAUCUCAGUCUUGUGUUCAGUGAUGGGGAUGCUACAAUACUUAUUCAAAUAAUAAAAUGUCAAGAUCA